UGUGAGUGGCGGGGGAAUAGCAGGAGAGGAACAGAAAGAUAGGAGUGGAGGAGGAAAGGAGAGAGAGGGCGGGUGGGAAGUGGGGCAGUUUCGCCUCAGAGCAGUUCGGUGUAGGAUUGGCAGUGCCAGGGGUGGGGGAAGGGGGUGAGACAUUAACAAACAUCACCGCCGCUCCCCUAGCCCCCAGCAAUGGAGGACGAGAGCAGCCCCCGGGUAACCUCAGCGCCCAGAUACACAAAAAAACCACGUUUUGAUGUGUCCCUAGUGCAUCUAACACAACAAUUUAUGGAACUUGUGAAGGAGGCACCUGAUGGCGUCCUUGACAUGAAUGAUAUUGCAAAGAUGCUUGGGGUGCGAAAGCGAAGGGUUUACGAUAUCACCAAUGUACUCGAUGGGAUUCGUCUUGUGAGAAAAAAAUCCAAAAAUUUAAUUGAAUGGAUAGGCAAGAAUCCACAAGAAAAAUUGGCAUAUGAAGCCCAGUCUCGAAAAUUAAGGAAAGAACUGGCAGAUCUGACAAAAGUAGAAAAUUCGCUAGAUGAUUUAAUCAAAGAUUGCGCUCAUCAGUUAUACACAUUAACAGAAGACAAAGAAAAUGCAAGAUUAGCAUAUGUAACUUACCAGGACAUACACAGCCUGCAAGCCUUCAAGGAACAGAUUGUGAUUGCAAUCAAAGCUCCCCAAGAAACUAAAUUGGAGGUACCUAUACCUAAAGAGGAAACUAUCCAGGUUCACAUAAAAAGUACUGAAGGGCCAAUUGAUGUUUUUGUAUGUGAGGUGAAAAACCUGGAAGAACCUCUUAAAAAAGGUACAGAUGACAAAUCCAGCGAAAAUAAAGAGAUCUCCGCAGCAACGGAUUAUAAAGAGAUCUCUGCAGCUCCAGAUUAUACAGUGACAUUACCACCUGAUGAAGAAUUAUCUUGGUUAUUGGUAGAUUUCCUCUUGACAGUCGAAUCCUGCCAGAUAAUCGGCAUGAAUAUUCUGUUACCUUGAGCCAUGAAAAUGGAACUGGAAUUGCUGGCCUACUGAAAUUCACGGGAAAAUUCUCCUGCAGCUUUUGAUGUCGUUAUCCACAGUAUCCUCCUCCAAUGCCUUUCCUCUGUGUUUGUCAGAAUGAGUAUAACCACACCUGGUUCCACUGGUAUCUGUAUAAGCAUAGCCAGGGGAUCCUUGCUAAUGGCUUCUGAUUGCCCUCUGUGCUAUUAAUCCGAUGUUCCAAAUGGAGGUAUCCUUGGUCCCUCCUAUUUCACAUGUACAUCAAACUUCCCAUGUACGCUGACAAUACCCAGUUCUACUUGACCACCAUCUCUUUCAAUCUUACCAACUGUGUUAUUGGGCAACAUGUCUGAUGUUUAAUCCUGCAGGAAAUUUAGUCUACUUACACAUUAAGAGGACAUGUCAUCAUCUUCAACACAUACUCAAACCCUGCUAACUUGUUAUUGUUUCUGUUCCUCUCCCUGGCCACUGUCUCCGGUUGAAUUAGGAAGCUUUAAGGACUGAAUUAAUCCUUUGCUGGACUUCCAAACCCAUCAUCAUCUGCUACUCAAGCCUUCAACUAUAUCCAUAUUCAAGUAUCUCAAUGUAUUCCUGGCUAGUUCCCUAUCUUCUACCCUACAUGAAGUUGAAUUCAAUCAAAUCCUCUACUGUCCAUAUCCUAAGCCGCACCAAGUCAUAUACAAUCCUCAUCCUUGUGUUCACUGAUCAUGUCGGCUGUUGGACAACCAACAUGUCAAAUUUAAAAUUCCCAUUCUUGUAAUUAGAUUCCUCCCUGGCAUCACCCUUCAUCACACUAUUUUUUUGGCUUUACAACACUCCGAGAACUCCACUUUCCUCCAACUUUGGCCCCUGGCACAUCCUCUAAUCUCUUUGCCGAUUCAUGUCAGUACUUCUAACUAUCCAGACAUCACAAACUCCGGAACCUGCUCCCUGAGGCUUGCUGUCUUCCUUUAAGAGUCAUCUUAAAGUCUGCUUUUGACCGGGCUAUUGACUAUUUUUAGUUCUAUCAAGUUUACUCUGAUUUCAUUCUUGUUAUGCACUUUAAGGUGUUUCCUAUUUUAAAGCAUCAUAAAAUGCCUUUUGUUAUCCACCUUUCACCUGAUAUCUAGAAAAACCUAUAACACAUAUUCAACAACAGAUGGCAAUGUGUUCUCAUUUGAACAAGAUGCACUCCGCAUUAACCUUCUCAAAUCAUACCUUAUGACAUUCACUGGACAAUUCAAUGUGUCAAACCCAACUUAAGUGCUUUGGAAGUGCAGUCUCUACUGUGGAUAGAGUUGGCUCAUCUCAUCACCCCACUAUUUUACCUCAUGCGUCUCUACAAUGGGAAACAAUAUUUCAAAUCCUUUAUUGUGUAUAUUACCAUCUUUUGGAUAUCCCUGAAUAAAGCUGACAGUACAUCC